GAAAAAAAAAAACACUCAUUUUUUUAGCUUGUUUUCUCCAGCCUACCCCCAUUCAGCAAAACUGUAGAAAGCAAGGUUUGUCAUUUUAAUCUGGUAUCAACGUCCACUGUUUACAGUUACUAUAACUACUGUACUACAGUUGAAACUGUAGGGCGAGCAUGGCUGCACAAGUCUACACAUGUAUAUGCUUACUUUAACCAGAUUAAAAAACUGAUCAAGUUCUACAGUCAAACUUGAGGGCAAUGUCUGCAGAAAUACCCCAAAACCGAACUGUGGUAGAAACCAGUUUGAGUCAAAAGACAAACAUCUUUCAAUCUGUCAGCUCUGUUGUCCAGCAUCAUGAAGAAAGCCAGUCGAACUGCCAAUUACCUCCAAUGAGUGAAUCUGACCCCAGUUUUCCAUCUAAGUCGGUGAGUCAGGAGGCUUUUGAGGAACAGCGGGUAUCUGAAAUGGGCAGAUCUGCCUGCCAACCUGCCCAACAUAUGUCUGAAAGAUCCCCUCAAGAGAAUCCAGGCCAAAAUGAGCUUCUCCUUCAGCGUCAGGUGAAGCAGUUGCAGAGGGUUUUACAGGAACAGAACGCACUGCUCUCUCUGAUCAGUCCAGGAAUGAUUUUAUCUCCCACAUUCUUAGCUCAAGGGCAAGCCCAGACACCUCAAAGCUCUUCAGAAGCUGAUUCCCUCAACCCUACCGAGAAUUUAGAUGCCUUCAAGGAAAGCUCAACCAAACCCUCAUAUUCUGGCCAGAUUGAGAAUGAGUCAGAGGCUCUGGCAACUAAUAACAGCAAUGCAGAGCUCAGAUGCUUGUCUCCUAUUAAAGAAGAGUCUUCAGAACCUGCACAAGAAGACUGUCCUCUUAGCCCUUUCGGAUUGAGGCAAGGUCUCCCACCAAACCCAGAGGAAAGGCCUAUUCGACCAGGACUGAGAGAAGAGCAAAAAACAUUUGAAGAGUUUGUUGAAGAACAUCUGAAAACAGACCAUGCUGUUCUCCAAUAUGAGAAUCAGGUUAGUACACAAAUCACAGGAGCAGAGAAGAGGAAUUUCCUUCGUAAAGGAGAAGGAACAUCUAGAAUUUCGAAGGGUAAGGACUCCUCACAAAGUGUGAAGAGGAGAUGCUCUAUUAGUCCACAAACAAUGAACAUAAAGCCUAGUCAGCAGUCGGUACGACCCACUGAAGAGAUGCCAAAUAGGAGCAGUCCUGCACUGAAGGGUGUAGGAGACCUCAGUGACCAAAGAUCUGGCCUGGAAGACUCUUUAAAGAGGACCGUUGAUCUACAAGAAGAUAAUUAUUCAUCAAACAGCAAAGGGAAAGUCAAAGCUUUGACUGCUAAUAUUGCUAACAAUGCAGCCUCACUUAAAAGUAAGCACAGUGAAGGAGUCAUGAGGAAUUAUGGUAAAACCAAUGGAAGUAAGCCAAGUGGAUCUGCUAAGGCACAAAGUAGGAGCGUUGGCUUUAAAAAAAUUAAUGACCACAUAGUCAAAGUCAAUGAGAAAAAUCGUCUUACCAAACACUACCAUCAAAGUGGACAUACAUCUAAAGAAGUCAAUUUAACCGACGAGGUGAUGGAGUCACUGGCUCUUAGUGAAUCUAACGAAAGCACUAGCAGUGAAGACGGACCCAACUCUCAGCCUCACAGUCCGUUUCCUCAUUAUCUUUCAAGGCACACGGAUCACAAAGAUCAGAGUCUGGAUCUGUCGGAUGGCGACUACGCUAGUGAUGCUCCGAGUGAGACUCGAUUCAAUGAAGAAAAUCGCACUUCAACUCCUAUGUCUAGUUCUUCGAGCUUCAGCAGUGAUUCUGAACUCAAGAGCUUAGAGGGGUCUAUGGCUAACCGCUCCAAGAAAACAGAAGAAAGAGGGGCCAACAGUGAUUUUAGACCACCUUCUGCUCCUGAACCUCUCACAAAGACAUUUCCAAAAGUCAAGGUUACUCCAGAAGACGUCACGCAUGGCAUGGAGCAAGAGAAACCACAUACUUCAAUCAGGUCGAAGAUGGAAGAGCAUGAUUUUAAUGGUGAGGAUGGCUGUAGACCUUUGCUCAGGCUUAAGAAAGAACUUCAUGAACCUCAGGAUCUGAGAGAGCAGAUCUCAUCUCUGAAGCAGCAGCUGAUGGAGAGCGAGUCUCACUGGUCACAGGCCCACAGUCUCCUCCAGAGCCGUGUGGAUGCCCUCACCCGAGAGAACCAGGAGCUUCACAACAGGCUCAGUACAAACAAGAGAUCGCACCAGAGCGCUGGUUCCUCUGCUCCUCAGGCCGGAUCAUACAGCGCAGUGAGAUUUGAGAAAAGCAGAGAGGAACCACAGAAGACCCCUCAUGUUAGGAGCGCAACUCCAGCCUUUAACAAACCCACCAUCCAUAAGACACAACAGAUCGAUGCAAAUGGACGCUCUGUUACCAAAGCUAAUAGAAUAACUGAAUGCACAGCCAGCUCUUUGAGAAAGAAUUCUGCACUUUCCACUGACAGUCCACAGAACAAUGGCAUCAUUUCACGAGGCGGAAAGGGAAGUUUGUUUUAUCAUCAUACUGACUGCAAUGAUGCACAAAUGGCAUCCCAGGCCAGAAAAAACAAAGUACAUGAGGAAACUCACUAUCCAGAUGGACGGGUUGAACGUCUUUUUUUGAAUGGAUGUCGUGUGAUCACAUUUCGCAAUGGAACGAAGAAAGAGAUUGGUGUUGACAAGUCGGUCACUGUUACUUUCUUCAAUGGAGAUGUUAAACGCACACUGGCUGAUGGGACUGUGAUAUACUACUAUUGUGAUGCUCAAACAACACACUCAACCUAUCCAUCUGGUUUGGAGGUUGUACAGUUUCCAAACAACCAAAGAGAAACACACCAUCCUGACGGCACAAGGGAAAUAUCCUUCCCUGAUGGCACCGUCAAGAUUCUCCACUCCGAUGGUCGAGAGGAAAGCGUUUUUCCAGAUGGAACUAUUGUCAAGAUAUCACAACAUGGUGAAAAGAUGGUGGAGUUUACUAACGGGCAGAGAGAGAUCCAUACUUCACAGUACAAGCGGAGGAUGUACCCGGAUGGAACCGUUAAAACUGUCUAUACGAAUGGGAGGCAAGAGACAAAGUUCUCAUCUGGGAGGGUUCGCAUUAAGAGCAAUGAAUGCAUCAUUAUGGACAAAAAGUGAAACCAUUUUCAUUGAAUUUAUUUGUUUUUUUAUAUAUAUAUAUAUAUAAAUCAUCUAAACUCUUUGAUCUAAACAUACCAAUAAAUUGUAAAUGACAAUUGGAUGAACUAAGCUUGCUUGUUUUUACAUGUGCUGUCAGCAAGUGUCUUGUGUUGCUAAGAGUUCCUCUCAGCAUGAACACAUCUGAUACUGUAUUCAGGUGAAGACUUGUGAACUUCUGACCUAGUCGUGACAUUGUACUACAUUGCAACACUCUGGUUUCAUUAGAGGAUUCCUAAAAUAACGGAGACGGAGAGCUGGGAUAAAUAUCUUAAAUGAACAGUUGAGCGAAACAGUUAUUUUUGAUCGAGUUCAAUAAAAAAUGUCUUCCUUA